AUAUUGGAUCCAUUUAUAAAAAGAGGAGGAAUCACACGGCACCGUCGCCCUGGUGCCGGCUCAAGGAUGUGCUCUUUGGAGAAGCGCGGUAACGUUUUCGUCCUUACUCUGACGGGCGAUGACGAGCACCGUUUUGGGCAUGAUCUCAUCACCUCCAUCCGCUCAGCUCUCGCCCGCGCUCGUUCUGAAUCCUCCUCCUCCUCCGGUGCAGGAGGCGGCGGAGGAAGAGGACGCGGUGCCGCACUCGUCACCGUCGCCGAGGGGCGCUUCUUCUCCAACGGGUUGGACCUCGCGUGGGCCAACUCCGCCCCCUCGCCCUCCGCGGCGCGCGAGCGCCUCGGCUCCCUCGUCGCGCUCUUCCGCCCCGUCGUCGCCGACCUCCUCUCCCUCCCCAUGCCCACCAUCGCCGCGGUGACGGGACACGCCGCCGCCGCGGGGUUCAUGCUCGCCCUCAGCCACGACUACGUCGCCAUGAGGGGCGAUCGCGGGUUCCUCUACAUGAGCGAGCUCGACAUCGGGCUCCCGUUCCCCCCCUACUUCUUGGCGCUGAUGCGCGCGAAGAUCGCCGAUCCGAGGGCGCUCAGGGACGUGGCGCUGCGCGCGAGGAAGAUCGCCGCGGCCGAGGCGAGGGAGAUGGGGAUCGUGGACCGGGUCUGCGCCGGGGCCGCCGAGGCGGUGGAGGAGGCGGUGCGGAUCGGAGAGGAGCUCGCGGCGAGGAAUUGGGACGGAGGGGUCUACGCCUCGAUCCGGAUGGGAAUGUUCCCGGAGGCGUGUAGAGCGGUGGGGAUCGCCGAGGAGAGCGAGGAGGAGAAGCGAGUGCUAAACGCGGCGAAGCUCUGAUCCCGAGGAAUCGGCCCGAGUCAGAAACAUAUAGCAUCGCGUCUGCCAACAGAAUCUCCUUCUCUGAGGUGAUAGCAUAAACUUUUAAAGGGAGUCAUAAAUUGUUUCAAGGUUCUACAUUUUCUACAGAAACAUCAGCAAGUCUUAUUUAAUGUAAGAUUUUAUGUAAAAUACCUUCACGAGUCCCGGUCACCACCUUCUGUCGAUUUGGAAAAAACCUAAUAAUGCCAUUCAUAAGCUUUCCACUGUGUUAGCUCUCUCUGCUUGUAUUUUAACUGCUUUUUGAUUGCAUCAUGGUUCGCACGUUCAUCUUUUAUCCAUAAAGGAAAAUUUUAUUUGAUGUAACUGAAAACCAUGGUUCGAGUCAUAUGAUUUUACACUAAUUUUUUGUGUA